AGUGUGUCACCACCACUUGAAGUGAGAGGUCGCACGCACAGACAGUAUUGUUGUUUGUGUGGCAGGUGAAGGUGAUUUCAGCAUAGCUGUUCACAUUGCCUUGUUAGUUGUGUUGUCAACAUUUGUAGUUCUUAACAGUGAGAUAAGUGAUGGCUGUGUGGAGUCUGUGGAUACUGUGUGGUGUCGCACUACUUGCUGUAAAGGCAGAUGCAGCUAUGUAUAUUCGUGACUGUUCUGAUGAAAAAAGAACUGUCAUAGAGGAAACUAAGGUGACUUUGAUUUGUGGUCAAUAUCAAAGCAAGGUACUUUGGUCUUGGUCUUACAAUGAAAUUGGUUACUGCAGUUUCAUAAAGUGUGACGUAAGUAACGGAGUUACAUUACCAAUAAACUUAUCCAUAUUAACUACAUCGGUGUCAUCGUAUUACGAGAGUCAACUUGACAUCAACGUUGUUACAAGAUACCAAGCCUAUGUUUACCAUUGUCGCAAUACCGACUCAGGGGAAACAGCAUCGUGUCAACUACGGGUAAUCGUACCUGCUCUCAUCAGCGGGGAAAACUGUGAUGUGCGGGUCACAAAGUGGCAGAUAUACGGGGCAUGCGCAGUGGAAAGGAUGUACGCGUCAGAUAGUGUUUACAUUUGCAUUUGGCGCAAAAACAAUACUAAGAUCCAAGAAGGAUUUCAAGGUCCCAUGACUGAUUAUUUCUUGGACACUAGAAUUUAUGAAAGAGGAGUUUGCUCCUUUAGUCAAAAUAUGCCUGUUUCCCAGGGCAGCUACACCUACAGUAUGGAUAUAGAUCCUGGUUCCCAAAAUCUCUUCUAUAAAACCAUAAACAUAGUACCUCCUGGUGAACCUGACCAUGACUGUCCAGAAACUGUUUUUAAACGGUCUGGUACCAGUUGCAAAUGUACCUCUUCAAAUCCAGGAACUCCACCUGCCGAAUUAGUAUGGGAUGAAAGUGGUACUGAUACAUUAUCUCUCCAAAAUACUCUGCCCGAAAAUACCGCCAUCAACUAUUCAUGUCGGCUGAUAUGGGGUCCUAACGGAUAUAUCAACCGCACAAUUGUUUACACUUUGCGAAUUGCAGAAAACGAAAAGGAUAAAACUGCAUUAUCAGACAACGCUAAAGGAGGCAUCAUUGGUGGCUGUGUGGCAGCUGUUUGUACUCUAGCUAUCAUUGGAGUUGUCAUCGCUGUUUACAUCGUUAAAUGGCGGAAAGCUCCAUUGUACGACACGGCCAGACGACCUGCCAACAACGAACACAGUUAUGAUGAUCUCACCCAGAAAGCAGGUGAAGCACCCCAAUCGCCAGGAAAAACAAAUGACGAACAUCGCUACGAGGAAGUGACUCUUGAAAAACCAGGUGCAUCGCAACAUACAGUUGCAGUAUUCGAGGUGACGAGGACUCCUACGACUGUUUCGAGUCCUUAAGAGUUUAAACACUGCAGUGGAAGAUCACGUGUGCUGUGUAGGAAACCACAAAAUCCGCCUUACAAUACGUUGUGUGCUUUUAGUAAUGGUCCGGAAUAAAAGAAAAAAAUACAAUAUAAAAAAAUAAAUAGUAUUUUUUUUCCAUUUGCUGAUAAUAAACUGCUGUAGAUUUUUCCCGGUCAGGAGAUGUUAAACAAUAACAAGACUUUUAUCUAAAGAUAUUUAAGUAUCAGAAUUAUAUUAUUACGAUAUUGCUCAUGUCUUUAGCAUGCUUUUGUUAAAAUAGUUUUUAAGAGGUUCAGAAUUUCUUUACGGACAUAAUUGUCCAUUGCGGAGUCCAAGCAUCAUUUGUUUUAAACGUUAUAUAGACCAUUCUAGGACCAAAAGAUACAAAGUAGCCCGCCUCUUAUGAUACACUCAGACGAGUGAUCUCCCCUGCGGUAUACAUGUACCACGAUUUUUGUCUUGAAUGACAUUGAUGUCAACACCAGUGGCCUUCAAGUGCCUGUGCACUUGUGCAGUCAUCAAACGGUUUUGAUAUGAGAUUGAAAUGGCAGGCCUUUUGUAAAUUUAUGUAAUAACAGCCUCGAUAUUUGUGUGUGUGUACAUGUCUCCCUCUUUCUCUCCCUGUCUACACCCGUGUCUCUAACUUUUUUCUAGAUGUCCUAUGUGUGUCUAUAUCUCUGGAUUAUUGCAUUGUAUUAUAUCAAUAACUGUUUCAUUCUUUUAUUUUGUAUAUAUAUUUUUGUUGCUGCAAGUGUAUCCUGACCACCCUAUGCCUUUUUGUACCUCCAUUUUCCAGUAAGUCUACUUGGUGGUUAGCGUCACUCUUUACUUGCAGCAUGUAAACGGAUGUGCAAAGAAAGAACAGAAAGUGGAGGGCGUAUAAACAACAGUGACCAAAAAAGAGGAAAGGGUGGGACGCUUAAACGCUAUUUAAAAGAAACCUUUAAUGUUUUCUAUAUAAAAGAUUCUUUGUGAAUAGAAGAGAGGAUGAAUACUUCAUGUGACUGUCACCUAAGUACAGCGUACUUUUUUUAAGUGGUACUCCCUCUAAUCUUACAUGAUGAUAGGAACUGUUGCUGACAAACAUACACUCAGUGUAUGAGCAGCACGAGAGACAGGUUCCUGCUCCCAAAGACUCAACUACCAUUUAUAAUGUUUACAAGAACACCCAAAACACACACACACACCCACACUGCAAGCCUCCCCGAGCAGCGAAACAUAACUACUUGUGAAAGGGUUAACACGACGACUAGAAAUAUGCAAAAGAACAGAUUUUCUUCUUUUCACUUGUUUAUUAUAAAAAUAUUUGAGGAUCAAUAAAUUUGUUG